UCUCCUUUUGAUCCUUUACACAACCAUGUACCCAUCAGAGCAGGGUUGUUUAGCUGGCAACUUCAUGAACACACACCCACGUUGUUGGACCUCUUUACAUAGUUUUCUCCGUCUUUCUUUGAGACAAAAACAAGUGUUCCUUUCUUGUUCUUUCACUAAUACUUUAACCCCACCAGCCCACCACCACCUCCUCCUCCUCUCUCCGGGUUUUUUUUAAUCAAUUAAUUAAUUCUCUCACAUGUCUAUGAAUUCUCCUCAUUUCUAUCCAUCCAAAGACACAAACUUUACCUUUAUUUGUCUCUGCAAUGGCUGUCCCAUCACCACCUUUCUCUCUUUCAAAACACUCCUUAUCCAAUUCCCCUUCAUUUCAUGCUUCCAACCCUCCAUUGGAUCCCUCUAAAGCUUCAGCCUUGGGAACCCAAAAUGCCAUUGGUUCUAAGGCUAAUUUAGGAGGAGUUGAGCAGACCCAUUUGAGAUUGUGGAAUAAUUUGAAGAGAGAUUGUAUAGUAUAAGACAAUGACUACAACCAGCAACCUUUGGAAAAAUUCAGAUUUGAGAUUACAGGCUUCCAGGGAGCGUCCUGGACUGACUAAGGAACUUAAAAGUGAUAAAUCCGAGCGCAUGGAAAGAAUCAAACGUGGUUCUGAUUUAUUUGAUGAGAUGAAACAACGGUUUUUGAGCUUCAAAAAGCAUAAAUACAUGCAAAACUUGGAACUCUAUGAAAAGCUUGCCAAAGGUCAAGCACCAAAGUUUAUGGUGAUUGCUUGUGCAGACUCAAGGGUUUGCCCUUCGUCCAUCUUAGGAUUCCAGCCUGGUGAAGCUUUUGUCGUUCGCAACGUUGCAAACAUGGUGCCACCAUAUGAGAAUGGGCCAUCUGAAACAAAUGCAGGCUUAGAGUUUGCUGUAAAUUCUCUGAAAGUUGAAAACAUUUUAGUAAUUGGUCACAGUCAAUGUGGAGGCAUUCGUGCUCUAAUGAGUAUGCAUGAUGACGUAGAAACAAGUAGCCUCAUUGGAAGUUGGGUUUCUGUGGGGAUGAAUGCAAGAGUAAGAACUAAGGCAGCCACGAAACUUCUGAACUUUGACCAGCAGUGCAAACAUUGUGAAAAGGAAUCAGUCAACUGUUCAUUGGCAAACCUCCUCACUUAUCCAUGGGUGGAAGAAAAAGUGAGGAAUGGGGAACUUGCUAUUCACGGUGGCUAUUAUGAUUUCGUCGACUGUGCUUUUGAGAAAUGGACUCUGGAUUACGAGGAAAGCAAUCUGAAGGACAAAGGUGGGAGAGUUGCAGUAAAAGACCGAGCAUUUUGGUUCUGAAUUUUGCUGCUACUGAUUUAUCUAUAUGUUGUUGUUGUUGUUUGGUCGUCUUAGUGCUUUGUUUAUAUACUGUGAAGACACAGAAAAAUAAUGUUAUUCCUCGAAUUCCAGCGAACGACUACUAUGUUAUAUGUAUGGUUGUAUUAUAAUCCAAUUUGAUGUCAUAAUUUGUAUGUGCUGUUGUAUAACUCUAACCUUCGUAGUUCAUAAUGCAGAAAUGCUUCCAAAUCCCAGAUUCUGAUGGA